AUGAGUGACAGUCGCCUGACGACCCCAUUAGAAGUUGCAGAGGAAGGAAGGAGCACAGUGGUGCGAGAAUGGAUCGAGAAGAUAUCAGAGGUAGAUGACACUCGUGGCAGGGAAAGGGAGGGUUUAUCGGCACAGCCGUUUGGAGUUGCCUACGGCCCUACCAUCUUCAAGCGCGAGAGAAAAGCAAAUGGCCUCCGAGAACUCCCUAAGCCGAGAGCGGUGGCGAUCGGGCCGUACCACCCCCGCGAGAAUUCGCUGACGUUCAACGAUGAUUACAAGUGGAAGAUUACUAGGUUAAUGGUCAAUGAACUGGGGGUUGACGUGAAGAAGUACCUCGCAAAGAUGGAGGAGGAGGAAGAGGAUGCUCGCAGCAACUACAGCGAAGGUUUAUUGGAAUGGAGCAGCAAAGAUCUCCAUAUGAUGCUGCUGUUCGACAGCUCUUUCAUACUAUUCGUGAUAAAUCCAUUCUACAAAAGGUGGUGGCCGAAGUCCCAAGGCGCGAUCUGGGAGUAUAUGACUUUGUCUUCAGAUGUUACCAAAUACAUGAAGCAGAUCAAACUCGACUUGCUGAUGCCCGACAACCAAAUCCCCUUCUUCGCUAUCAAGAAACUGUUGGAAUGCUUCCCCGAAGACGAGAUCAUCUUUAAGGAAGAUCCGAUCGAACACUUAGCUUUGUGUUUCUUCGGCGAUCUCUGGCCCAUGAGGAAUGAAGAGCAGAAGAUGGAUGACGAGGCGGACUUUGAUCAUCUGCUCCAUCUUUUCCACUGGUCUCGAGUACCGGUCGAAGGAUACGAAAUAUACAGUGAAGAGCUAGGUAGCAAUGACGCUUCAGAACAAUAUAUCCCUAGCGCUACAGAGCUCCGAAAAUCUGCUAUAAAGUUUGAGAAGAAACACUCAGGCAGCAACUUGGACAUUACAUUCACACGCGGAUUGACGAAGAUAUCUGCAGUGAUCAAUAUCCCCACUUUGCACCUUUACGACUACAGCGAAGAAAUCUUCCGCAACCUCAUCGCGUUCGAGAAGAAUCCCAUGAACGACGUGCGCUGCUUCAUGGCCUACUCGGCAUGCAUGUCCUGCCUUCUGCAGCGUAAGAAGGAUGUGAAGCUACUUCGGGAGAGCGGGACAAUAGCGAGCACCAGCUAUAACAACGCCGACGUGGUCCAAUUCUUCAAGGACUUGAACCGGGAACUGCAGGAACAAGUGAUGCCCGGUACUCUAUUUCAUCUUUAUGGUCGCGUGAUGAUACAUCAUAACAGUCGUGUCAGCAGAGCUUAUGGGGGCUUCAAGUUGCAGUACUGCCCAAACACGUGGGUUGGUCUUUCGCUCGUCGCUGCCUUCGUACUCUUUAUUCUCACUCUUCUUCAGACAAUAUAUGCAAUAAUACAAAAGUAA